AUUACUAGAUCGACCUUAUUGCACUAUUGCUGUAUAAAGUUGAACGGAUUUAUUUUUCACUCUGCAAAAGUGUAUUUUGUCACUUGAAAGGUGUUGAAUAUCCGUGUAAAUGUCAUUAUCGAAUACAGGGGGCGAAUUUGCGAAUAGCAUAAUUCGAUAUGAUUAAUAUCGAUAUCAAUCGCUUAUAUUAUCGAUUAUAACGAUCUUUCGAGGAUCAUAGAAAAGAAUGUGACUGAAUGCGACAAGUUGUUUGGAAGGGAUUGUCGAUGUAUCUUGUGUUAAGAAGAAGUGGUCAUUGAGUAUCGGUGACGUUGUUUGGUAAGAGCUUAAAUCGAAAGGUUUGGAGGGAGCAAAUAUUUCUUUUACAAAGAUUCUCUCGACCUUGAAUUUCACAAAGACGGAAGAAGUAUAAGAAUUCGCUGACGAUAAACAAACGCGAUUGUUUCUUGUUACUAGAGUCGUUCGAAAUAUGUCAACUGGAAGAAUGUCGAAACGAUUACAAGAACCAGUUGAUCAGUGGCUGGCAAAAGAAGGCUAUUUUCGAAAGCCUACGCCCAGAGAUCCGAAUUGUUUAUUCAGAUCAGUAAGUGAACAAAUUUAUCAUACUCAACAUUAUCAUUUGCAAGUAAGAAAAGAGUGCACAGAGUUUAUGAAGAGGGAGAAACAUUUAUUUACAAAUUCUAUAAUGACAUCGUUCGAUUAUUAUAUAGAAGAAAUGGAGUGCUUUACAGAAUGGGGAGGUCCGAACGAGAUUCGUGCUAUGUCCCUGCUGUACAAUAGAGAUAUUAUUAUAUUUAUUGCAGAUAAAAAAAUAUGUGAAAAUGUGACUAAUAAUUAUAAAGAAGGUGUGAUAUUACUUUGCCACACAGAAUCCAAGCAAUAUGAGCCUGUUUAUCCUAUGGCUUUUGUUCAGUCAGCUGCUUAUUGCCAAUCUAUUGUUUACGAAGUUUUGUAUAAGUAUAUGUAUAAUAUGCCUAACGUAAAGACUGUUGCUGACAAAAUGUUACAUAAUCGCAAUGCAACGUUAAGACAUGACAAGUUUUUUCAGAAAGGAAAUCUUGACAUUAGAGGACAAUUGGUUGAAGACUUAUAUAAGAAAGUUAAAAAUGGACAUGGUGAUACAGCCGACGAAGCGCAGUCAGAAUGGAAGGGAACACCGCCUAUUCCUUAUAAAGUUGCCAAAGCUUUGGCUCCUGAUUAUUAUCGCAAUAUAGAGUUGGAUAUAUGGCAUGAAUUGAAACGAGAGGUGAAGUCCGCUGGCUGGAACAGGUACAAUAGCAAUGAGCUACAAGUCGGUGGCAAAUGUUUAAUAGAAAUUAGUGUAAACGAUCUACAACGAUGCGAAAGAAAUAAAAAAUUUUGCGUUAAUUUACCGGAUUUCGAUGCUAACGAAGGUGAGCAUAAAAUUGAGCAACAAAAACUGAAGCAAGGGCAUCUUUGGCUUCAGGGAUAUAUCCAGGAUAUGAAAUCAAGCAAAGAGCCAGUCUUGGUUUUUAUUAAAGAUUUAGGAGAGAAAAAAUUUGUGCCGUAUGAUGCCCUAAAACCCUUGCCAAAUCCUAAAAAAAAUAGGCAAAAAAAUUGGGCACUCAAUAGAAGCCAUUCAAUGAAUUCCGAUUCAAGUCGACGAUGGAGAAAGUCAUAUAAUUUCACGCGAAAGAGAAAAGAUACUCUAAGUAUGACAAACGGAACAACAAAUACAAAUAAAAAUGUAUCAAUAAAUGAUGAUGUCGAUAUUGAUAACAAUAACGAUAUUAGUAAAAUCAGCUUUGAAAACGAUGGAUAUAAUAACGAAAUUUCUAAAACAAACAAUUAUCGAAUAGAGGAUCACAGUGCAGAGGAUUGUGCGGAUUGUAUGAUAAAUGAAAAAGCUGUUAAUCAAGCUGCAGAAGUUACAUCCGACAAUUUACAGUCUACAGUAUUGAACAAUGUGAUGCAAGAGACAGUAGAAGAACAUAAAAAGACUGAUGCUGCAUUUAAAAGAAUGAACAGCACUGCAAGAAACAAGACUGAAAAAUCUAACAAUUAUGAUAAUAGUUUUCAGAAUUCGUGCUCAAAACCAAAAAUUUCAGACGAAAAUUAUCCUGUACCUUACAAUGGUAAAUCACAAGUAAAUACGAAUGGCAAUCCAAAUAUGUCUUAUGCUAUGCCAGAUAAUAAUUAUGCCUUUUAUCCAUAUAUGCCAGGAAAUUUUGGGGAACACAACCAAAUGGAUCAUACAUUCGCAUCAAAUUUCUUUUAUAAUUUGCAUCUGCUACAUCUAGAGGAUACUUUUCGUAUUUUAAAUCCAACUUAUUAUGGAACUGUAGCAUAUGGGCCGGGUCAGCACAGUAUGCAACCUCUAGGCGUACCAUCUAAUGCUAACAAUAUCCCAUAUAUGCCAGAAGAAGUAGAUCGUAUUGUGAAUGGAAUGCAGAACUGUUCAUUAACGUACAAUGAGGGAGCAAGUAAUGAGAUUCCCAACACUUCGUAUUCGAACAAUACUAGUGUGCCAAAUGCAAGACUACCAAAGCAAGGAUCGAAAAACUUAAAUGGCAAAGAUUCCUCGUGUCAAGCUUCGCAGAAAGGAAAACAAACUGCAACUGCUAAAGGAAACAGAACGCGUAAUCGCCAGCACAAUGUUCGCCUAUCGGCGUACGCACAGCACUCGAAUAACAAUUGUACUGCAAUUCUGAACACAUCGGGUAAUACAUGUGAUACUCGAAGAUACGAUGCACUAGCGCAGCAGUCGCCACAGCAACAUUGGGAUGUGAUGUUACAUCAAAUGACGCCUAUGAUGACCAACGCUUACGCGGCGCCUCAAUAUGCUCCUCCAAACAUGCUACCUGCUGUGCCUUAUCAUGAGUUGCCUUCUCACUGCGCAAACGAGAAUGGUUUGGGAAACCUUCCUUAUUACUUGGGGAAUGGCAGUUACAUGCCUAUGCCGUACUUACCGACACAACACGUCGAUGCGGUCGAAAAUGCAGCUAUAGCUCCAUAUCCGCAACAUCUUUAUCCUGCCGAAACUUAUUCAAGUUAUCCACCGAACCCUGGUCAACUGAUGCCAACAUAUCCACCGCCACUGAUGUAUCAUCAAUCAAUGCAGUAUCCUGCUAUGUUACCGCCACCACAACCACUACCACCACCAUCACACAUGCAGGAACAAUGGAAUCCUACGCUGCAGCCUUAUAUGCAGUGCCCGGCUUCACAGGCCAUUGUAGACUCAUCCUCAAACGGACAAGGUGCUAUUCCUAACGGUUCACUUUAGAUUAUAUUAAAUUAACUCAAGACUGAAAGACAAACGAAAAGUUUUGAAGACUGAUAGAGUAAAACAUUGCAGUAAAUAACAAAGAAUAUUACAAUAUUAUUAAUAUACAUUAUUAUUAUUGUAAUAAAUCGUUGUGUUAUUUUUUGUUAUUUACUGUAAUGUUUUACUCUAUCAGUCUUCAGAACUUUUCGUUAGAGUAAUAUUAAGAUAAUUACUAUCUGAACACUGAGAGUAUCAAAAAUUAUACGAUAAUAAUUAAAAUUUGUUGCAGUAAAAAGAUUAGAGUAACAUCAGAUUCUUAAAAUAUAGCAAUAUAGCAUUGUAGUAAUUAAUACAAUUAUAGAAUUUAAUUAAUACCA